GAGCAACAGCCACGACGGUGGACGCGAGCGUCUCCUCUCUGCGCAUGCGCCCGCUCAGCGGCCUGCUUCUAUUUAUGUGGGGGAUCCAACAUGGCGGCUGCGGCGACCCUGGCGAUGGCGGUGGAGCCCAUCAGAACAUAGUAGCGGGGAAGGGGGCACGGUCCACGCUCACGGUGGCGUCGACGAAGACGGCUGAAGGUGGUGGAGGGAAGAAAAGCGACGGAGAGCAAGAGGAAGGGCGGGCAGGCACGCAGCGCGGCGUAGAAGCGAGCGCCGGCUCGAGCGAAAGCGGAGGGCCAGAACAGUGGGGAUGGCGGAGCCGCGCAGAGUAGCGUUCAUUAGCCUGUCACCGGUGAGGCGGCGCGAGGCCGAGUACCCGGGGGCCGAGCGCGAGCCCGAGUACCCCCGCGAGCCCCCCCGGCUGGAGCCGCAGCCGUACCGCGAGCCGGCCCGGGCGGAGCCACCGGCCCCCCGGGAGCCGGCCCCCCGCUCGGACGCGCAGCCCCCUCCGCGGGAGAAGCCGCUCCCCCAGCGCGAGGUCAGCCGCGCCGAGCCGCCCAUGUCGCUGCAGCGCGAGCCCCCGCGGCCCGAGCCGCCGCCGCCGCCGCCGCCGCUGCCUCAGCUGCCCUUGCAGCCGCCCCCGCCGCGGGAGUCGGCUUCCCGGGCCGAGCCGCCGCCGCCACCGCCGCGGGAGACCGUGCGCCUGGAGCUGGUGCUCAAGGACCCCACCGACGAAAGCUGCGUGGAGUUCAGUUACCCGGAGCUGCUGCUGUGCGGAGAACAACGGAAGAAGAUCAUUCAUACAGAAGACCCAUUUAAUGAUGAGCAGCAGGAGAGGCAAGAGGUGGAAAUGUUGGCUAAGAAGUUUGAAAUGAAAUAUGGUGGGAAAUCCCGUAAGCACCGGAAGGAUCGACUACAAGAUUUAAUUGACAUAGGCUUUGGCUAUGAUGAAACUGAUCCAUUUAUUGAUAAUUCAGAGGCUUAUGAUGAAUUAGUUCCUGCUUCUUUAACAACAAAAUAUGGAGGCUUUUAUAUCAACACUGGCACUCUGCAGUUUCGCCAAGCUUCAGAUACUGAAGAAGAUGAUAUCACAGACAACCAAAAGCACAAGCCAUCCAAGGUUCCCAAAAUAAAAGAAGAUGAUAUUGAAAUGAAGAAGCGGAAACGGAAAGAGGAAGGGGAAAAGGAGAAGAAACCAAGGAAAAAAGUACCCAAACAACUGGGAGUUGUGGCUCUAAAUUCACACAAAUCUGAAAAAAAGAAGAAACGAUAUAAAGAUUCUCUUUCUCUAGCUGCCAUGAUACGAAAAUUUCAGAAAGAGAAGGAUGCAUUAAAGUCAGAGUCUAACCCCAAAGUUCCUGUGACCUUAUCGACCUCCUCACUUACCAAGCCUUCCUGUCCUGCUACAGCAUUGGGGAAUGAUGUCCCAGAAUUAAAUCUGAACAGCACUGAUCCAGAACUCCCCAUUUUUGUUAGCACAAAUGAACACGAAUUGUUUCAGGAAGCUGAAAAUGCCCUAGAGAUACUGGAUGAUUUUGACUUUGACAGAUUACUGGAUGCUGCUUCUGAUGGUAGCCCCCUAUCUGAGUCAGGGGGAGAAAAUGGAAACACCACCCUGCCAACCUUCACCUCUCAGGUUAUGCCUAAGGUGAUACCUACACUCCCAGAGGGUCUACCUGUACUUCUUGAAAAACGCAUCGAGGACCUCCGUGUAGCUGCCAAACUUUUUGAUGAAGAAGGAAGAAAAAAAUUCUUUACACAGGAUAUGAAUAAUAUUCUUUUGGACAUUGAGUUACAGCUACAAGAACUAGGCCCUGUCAUUCGUAGUGGUGUCUACUCCCACCUUGAAGCUUUUGUGCCAUGCAAUAAAGAAACACUGGUAAAACGUCUAAGGAAGUUACAUCUCAAUGUCCAGGAUGAUCGUUUAAGAGAACCUCUGCAAAAGCUGAAACUGGCUGUUAGCAAUGUUAUGCCUGAACAGCUAUUUAAAUACCAGGAGGACUGCCAGGCUCGUAGUCAAGCUAAGUGUGCCAAGUUGCAAACAGAUGAAGAACGAGAAAAAAAUGGAUCCGAGGAAGAUGAUGAUGAGAAACCAGGGAAGCGUGUCAUAGGACCAAGAAAGAAAUUCCACUGGGAUGACACCAUUAGAACUUUAUUAUGUAACCUUGUUGAGAUCAAAUUGGGAUGCUAUGAGUUAGAGCCAAAUAAAAGCCAGUCUGCUGAGGAUUAUCUGAAAUCCUUCAUGGAGACAGAGGUGAAGCCCUUGUGGCCUAAGGGCUGGAUGCAGGCAAGAAUGCUUUUUAAGGAAAGCCGGAGUGUACAUAAUCACCUUACUUCUGCUCCGGCAAAGAAAAAGGUGAUUCCUGCACCCAAACCCAAAGUAAAGGAGGUGAUGGGAAAGACCCUUCCUCUCCAUUCUUUCCCCACUAUGCUUAAGGAGUGUAGUCCAAAAAAGGACCAGAAAGCUCCUUCAUCCUUGGUGGCUUCAGUCAGUGGUCCUUCCACAAGCUCCAGCACCUCUGUUGUUGCCUCAACCAGCUCCAGCUCAACACCAGCCCAGGAAACCAUCUGCCUCGACGACUCCCUAGACGAAGAUCUUUCUUACCACUCACCUUCACUGGAUCUUGUUUCUGAAGCUUUAGCUGUCAUCAACAAUGGGAACAAGGGUCCUACAGUUGGUCCAAGAAUAAGCAUGCCAACUACAAAACCUCGUCCAGGACUGAGAGAAGAAAAAUUAGCAAGUAUCAUGAGUAAGCUGCCACUUACUACUCCCAAAAAAUUAGAUUCUACUCAGACUGCACAUUCAUCAAGUCUUAUUGCUGGUCACACUGGGCCAGUACCAAAGAAACCCCAGGAUUUAGCUCAUACUGGCAUCUCUUCAGGCCUUAUUGCUGGUUCUUCAAUUCAGAACCCUAAAGUUUCCUUAGAACCUUUGCCAGCCAGGCUCCUUCAACAAGGACUACAAAGGUCAAGCCAGAUUCAUGCUUCUUCCUCCUCACAGACUCAUGCCUCCUCUUCCCAAGCCCAAGUUGCUGCCUCCUCUCAUGCUCUGGGAACAUCCGAGGCCCAAGAUGCUUCUUCGUUAACACAAGUAACAAAGGUGCACCAGCAUUCAGCUGUCCAACAGAACUAUGUGUCUCCAUUGCAAGCAACCAUUAGCAAAUCACAGACCAACCCAGUGGUGAAAUUAAGUAAUAAUCCUCAGCUUACCUGUUCAUCCGCUCUCAUUAAGACUUCAGAUAAGCCACUUAUGUACCGCCUUCCCUUAUCUACCCCCUCGCCUGGAAAUGGUUCUCAGGGGUCCCACCCCCUGGUUUCUAGGACAGCACCAAGCACCACUACCUCCAGUAACUAUUUAGCCAAGGCUAUGGUGUCACAAAUCUCCACGCAGGGUUUCAAAUCUCCCUUCUCAAUGGCUGCAUCCCCCAAACUUGCCGCAUCUCCCAAACCUGCUACAUCUCCUAAACCCUUGCCCUCACCCAAGCCUUCUGCCUCACCCAAGCCCUCUCUUUCAGCUAAGCCUUCAGUAUCAACUAAACUUAUUUCUAAAUCCAACCCCACUCCCAAGCCUACUGUAUCCCCAAGUUCUUCCAGUCCAAGUGCACUAGUAGCCCAGAGUAGCCACUCCUCUAGUAACCCAGUCCAUAAACAGCCCAGUGGAGUCAGCAUCAGCAGGCAGUCUCCCACCUUGAAUUUAUUGCCCUCUAAUCGCACUUCAGGCCUUCCAUCUACAAAAAAUCUUCAGGCCCCUUCAAAGCUAACAAACUCAUCAUCCACUGGAACUGUUGGGAAGAACAGCUUGAGUGGAAUUGCAAUGAAUGUACCUGCCAGCAGAGGUAGCAACCUUAACUCAAGCGGAACUAAUAGGACUAGUCUAUCUGGGGGAACAGGAAGUGGAACACAGGGUGCUACUAAACCGUUGUCUACUCCACAUAGACCAUCCUCAGCCUCAGGGUCUUCAGUGGUAACAGCCAGUGUGCAGUCCACAGCAGGAGCAUCAUUAUUGGCUAAUGCCUCACCUCUGACUCUCAUGACAUCACCUUUGUCUGUAACAAAUCAAAAUGUGACUCCUUUUGGGAUGCUGGGUGGCCUUGUUCCAGUGACCAUGCCCUUCCAGUUUCCCUUGGAGCUACUUGGCUUUGGAACGGACACAGCUGGAGUGACAGCCACCUCGGGAACUACCUCAGCCGCUUUCCACCAUAGCCUCACUCAGAAUUUACUAAAGGGUUUACAGCCAGGAGCUCAGCAUGCAGCAACACUUUCCCACUCACCUCUGCCUACACAUUUACAGCAAACAUUUAAUGAUGGAGGCCAAAGUAAAGGGGACACUAAGUUACCACGGAAAUCUCAGUGACUUCCCAGCAAGCAGAGAGAUGAGACAUUUAACUGGCUGAUGGGAUCUACCUGAUGGGAAAGUCCUUAUGUGGUCACAGGGCUGCUGUUUCUGUCGAUGUUUACAUUCUCGUCCCAAGCACUGUGGUGAGGAGGCAAAGGAAAGAAAAUGUUACUUGAGCAAAGCCAGGUGCAGGAGGAAGAAAUGCUUUUGUGCAAAGUUAGUGACCUUUGGUCUCUUCUAAAGAAAGACAAAGUUACCAUGUUACCUGACUUGAAAGAGACUCAGUUGUCAAACCCACAGAAGUAUAAAUUUUAUUUUUCCCCGGGGGGAGGAAGAAGGAAGUUGAGAGAAUUUGGGUAAACACCAUCCAUCCUGGGGUUGGAUCUGAACACUUGUAGACAUAAUUGCAUAAUAAAAGCAAUAGAUCUGGAAUUAGGCUAGUUUGUCAGGAGUAGUAAUCAUGCCUGUUUAAGUGAACGAUUAGCAAAUUUGCCACGAAACAAUUGACUGACCCUAUGUCUGAUAUAAACACUAGCUGAAGAAAUACUGUACCCUCAGACAUCCUGAGCAAACUUGAAUCUUCUCCAGUAUGUAGCAACUCCCCAUGUAAAUCAGUGGACUGAAGAUGCUUCAGGAAAGUUAUUUUAGCACAGUGAUGUAUAUUACUAAAUCAUUUAGAUUUUUAAAAGUCAAGAAAUUGAGCCUGUUGCUGUUAACAGACAAAAACCUACAUGUCCCCUUUUUGUAAAAGGGUCAAUUUCAUCUUCCAUUUAGAAGUAGGUACUUAACUCUUUUCUUCAGGUGAUUUGUGCAUCUGGUAUUGACUGGUUCAUUUUUAUUUCUAGUCUUGCUGUUAAAAUGUGACUCAGUUUCACUUGAGUAAUGGGGAAUCUUGGUCACAGGGCUGCUGCUUUCCUGCUCUUCACCCUUGCAGGCCUCCCAAUAAAACUGUCAACUCCCCCAAGUCCACCUCACAGCUUCCCUUUCUCCUCUUUCAGCUAGUGGUUCUUCAGGUGAUUGUUGGCUGUGGAUACAAACAGGUGGCAGUGAGCACUACCUGUAUUUCUUCACUGGUCAUCCAAAUAGCACAUAUAUAGUUUGAUUUUGUUUUUUAAUUUUUAAGGGGAGGAAUUGCAUAGGGCUCUUUAUGUACAAGGGAUUCUCUUUUUAACAAUCACAGUGUGGUUUUACUCGCUUUAUCCAAUGUAGUGAAAUCGUUCAAAAUUUGGAAUUUUAAAGCUUUACUAAUAUUUCUCAGUGUUGAUAGCGAGUAAGCCUACAGAGAAGACUCCUUAGUUACUGUAGCUUCCUUAUGCAAAUUACAUAGUCAACAAAGGAUGUGAAGGGGAAAUGGGUAAUUCUCUUUGCAUACCUUUUAUUUUGCCUCCUCAUCAUUCUGGUAUCUCUUGAGUUGUAACUUAUGAGUAUUUUCAAACUAUACCCAAGAAUGGUGUAAUCUCUAAAUGGUGUAACCUUGGUCAGUUUAUGACAGACUAACCAAAAAAAUCAGCACUAAACUGGUGGUAGCAAGCUUUUUUUCAUGUUUCCAUUACCCUAUACCAGUAAGUUUUUUCAAUUAAGAGUAUUAACCAGGCCCUUUUUUCCUUUAAUAAGCAGAAGUCCCAAAUAGCCUACAGGACUAUAAAUAAAUAACCACAGAUCUUUUCAGAUCUAUAUGCCUAUAUUUUGACUUCAAAGUCACAUUGGCUUGCUUCAUAGCUGAAGGGUUAAUAAAUAACUGAACACUUUAGUUCCAAGAACUUGUUACAGUAAGAAGAAAUGAUUAUUUCAGAAGAAUCAUUGAUAAAAUAUUUCAACUCUUCAGAAUCUAGUUUACCAAUAAAACAAAUAUGGAUGAAUCCCAGUAGAUAUUUUGGAGGGAUGCUGGGAUGUUGUAGAGAGGUUUGAUUUGAAUUCAAGAAGUUUAAUGAAGACUCAUUUGUUUUUUUAAUUAGGGAAGCUUACUCAACUUGUGAUUUAUUCCAGUGUAGCAGACCUCUUGCCUUUGCUCAUGCUCCCUCGGUUGGUGAUGGGAGUUUUCCUUCCCAAAGGGAACUUCACUUCCUCUGCCUGGAGAGAAGUUAGAGAGCAUAUUAACCUCGCUUCCUGCCAAUAGCUGUACAUGUGUUCAUGUGUGUAUGUGUGUGCAUAUAGACACACGCAUCUUCAUAUAAAUUGCUAGUAUAAGUCAAAGAAUAAUAAUUGUAAUUUCUUAAAUCCACCAGUUCUGAAUCAUGCUAUAUGAGGAUCCUGAAGAUUCUGCCUUCAUUAGAAAAGAUCAGGAUUAAUUCUAUCCUGUGUCAUUUUAUACUAACCAAUCAAAUACUUGAAGGCCUUCGGCUCUGAGAAUAUGAUAUAAAGAUUAUGUUCUAUUCUAUUCAGUCUUGAAUCCUUGACAAUUAUAUUGGAUCCCAGCCUCAGCAACCCCCUUCCCCAUUUUACUGAUCAAUUUUUAUCCGUUUCAAUCAAGAUCCCUCUUUUAUGUUGUACAAAUGGGUCAAGAUCCUUGUCUUUCUCCAUAAAGUAUGAUCAGAGAUUUCUACAUGUAAAUACAAACUUAUUUCUUUUCUAGAUCAUAACAUUGAAAAUGGUGUCCAGGCUUCAUGGUCACCUGUCUUUACAGUUUUUAUUACUAAAAAACAAACAUAUAAAUGGGUUAUUUUUUAACACAGAGACUUGUGACUCAUACUGUAUUUUUGCACUUAAAAUCAAAUUAUGUUAUUUUUUAAAAUGAUGAGUGAUUGGAAAGGGUAUCUAUAGAACAAUGUGUAUUUCUAAAGAGCAUUAGCAACAUCCAAAUGCAAAAGUAAUCAGCACACUUAAUUAUAUCCCACUCAGCGGGAUUCUUGAUUCAGGAAGAUUAAACUGUUUAUUUCCACUGUCUUAUGUUUGAAAUUGCCUUCACUGAUAUAUAAGCUGUUACUGUACAUACUAGGUAAUCCUCAGUAUUCACAAGCAAUAACGGUCAGCAGAGCUGUCCUCAGAGAUAGAGUGCUGGGCCUCAGUUGGAGACUGUUUGGGAGCAAAGUGUCAAGCUCAUUCAGAGCCUCCAAAGUAAAUGCAAGCAAUAAUUUCCAGUAUAAGUUAAUUAUAAUUCUUUCUCAUAUGCUUCUGAGAUCAGAGAUUUAGAAAACAGGAUUUUAAAACAACCUGAAGAAAAGGUUUUUGGGAAAAGAAGUGAGGUUGAUCUGUAGUCACAAAAUCCUGAUAUCUUGAGAAAAUCAAGAGGAUUGUGCUAGUUCAUUCUUUUAUGCCCACCACCCCUUUGAUGGAUGUUGUUAGCCCAAAUUAUAUGAUUUUGUAUCAUAGACACUGUAUAGGGUUUAUUGGAUCACCAACAUAAGGGGAAGAACCGGGCACAGACAAGUUUGAAUACUGUGGGUUUGACACCUGUUUGAAAACAAGUUAUUGGAACUGAUUUUUAACCCAGGAUAUUUGUUUCCCAAAGCAGAUCUAAAUUGUUUACUACCCAGGGAUGGAAAGGGCAGGCACCUCUAGUCUCUCUCCUCUGGUUGCCCUCUCCCAUACCCCUUUCCACCUCAACUUGGUUCAAGACAUUUUCUGAAAUGAAAAUUCUACUGUUAUUCAAACUGCCAUUGAUAUUGAGAACUCUUAUGUCCUUUGGGAUCAUCUAUCAAACUCCAGUUAUCUAUCAUAUUUGCUGCUACAUUUGUAAAAUGAACUUUGUAUUUGGUUGACUUUAAUUUACACUUCUUUAUUUCUAGGAUUUUUGUCAUGUAAUUUGACCCAUGUAUAGAAUUAGGAUACUUUAUUUUAGGAGUGUACCAUUAAAAAGCACACUGGUCCCUAUAUUGUUUUUAUCAUUUAGUUUUGAAUUUGUUUGCUUCAUUUGUUGGUUUUUGUUUUUCAAGUUGAAAAUAGAAGAAUGAGAAAAAUCUAUAAUCAGGCCAAACUUGAGAACUUUCCCUGUGCUUCAGCACCAUGAUUUCUGCUGACCUAAUGUUCUCAGAAGGGGCACUUUUACUUUCUAUUUUGCAUGUAUGAUUGUUUUUUGUUAUUUUUGCUUUGGUGGGGGGGUCGUUUCAGUUUUGUAAAAAAUGAAGCAGGCGAAAAGUGCAGUAGUAGAUAAAUGAUUGAUCACAAACAUGUUAUGCAAUUUUAUUUUAUAAAAUUUUAAGGGAAAAGUUUAACUCUGUAAAUAAUUUCUUAGCUCUGAUAAAUGCUUAUAUUUCUCCUCUAAAACAUGCUCAAUUCAGGCCUUUGUCUUUGUUAAGUGCCUUUUUUUUUUUCUUUCUUUUUUCCCCUCUUUCAAAAGUGUUCUCAGAUCUCCUAAAGUGCAGACUGAUAAGUCAGGGGAUUCAGGAGGAAGAAUGUCAAACUUGCCAAUGUUGUGUCAUGCUGUAAUGUUCUUCCUUUUCUUUAUGUGUCUGUGGCUAUACUGAAAGAUACGUACAGACUUACGGAUAAAUCUAGUGGCUGCUGUAUCAUUGCACCCUCUCUGAACACUCCCUUUCAACAUCUGCAAAACUUCUGCCUUGUUUAUUGUUACUUUUAGUCGAGUUGAUCGAAAUGGGUGGAUUGGGAAAUUCUCUUUUCACAAGAUGCUGUCUUCCCCCUUUGAAUAUCUGUUUGUAGAUGUAACAGAUAUAUAUAUACAUAUAUAUAAAAAUAUAUAGUUUUACAAGUAAAAUAAAUUUAGCAGAUUCAUUGACUAUUCCUGGAUGUCGCCAACUGCUCCAUGCGGUUCAGACUUGGCAUGUGUAAUUAGGAGAAAGUGCUGGAAUGAGCAGAGUAUCUUGUGGGUCGUGUUGGUGAGUGCACUGUGACAGGCAAGGCUCAGACCUGGAGGGCUGGAGGAGAACCGCAGGUGCUCUCGGAAUGCAUCUGGAAGGAAGUUAGCAACUGUGUCAACAUUGGAAAUGUAUCAUAUUUUCUUCUGGAAAACUGAUUUUUUUAAGAAAUCAUAGCUACAUAUUUAUUAUAACUAAUAAACAUAGAAGUAGAAAGACUUCAGAUACUGAGGACAACACUCAUAUAAUCUAUAGCCUUCUUGAGCGCUCUUCAGUCUAUUUUUUUAGUCAGAUAACUACAUUUGGCUCUGUCUGAUCUUCUGGUCGUUUAGGUUUCUCCCUUGAGCAAAAUAAUCUAAUUUUCAGUAUCUAAGAUUCAUCUGUUUCUUGUGAAAAAUAUAUAGAUGUGACAUGUUAAGGGAGACUAAAUUGAACUAAUCCUCAAAAACAGUACAAUAAUCUAAUAAAUUCCCCCUUUUAAGUGAAAUUUUAAUUGAGAAGAGGGAGACUGGUGGCUGAAAAGAGAAAGCAGAGGCUUCUGGUAGUAAAACUAUUGUCAGGCAGCCGGAGUUCAGUAGUGAGUGUUAAUUCCUAAAUUACUAUGUCGACGGGGACAUCAUUUAACCUUUGUGCCUCAGAUUACCCAUGAAACAAUUGGGUAUAAUAAUAUUCACCUACCUCCCAGGGAUAUCAGAGACUUUACUCUUUCAAAAAUAUUUUAAGUUUUUCUAAAAUGUCCUAUAUAAUUAAAAAUACUAUUAUCAUCUUGCAGAGGCCGAAAAACGAUUUCCUUACGAUGGGUAUAGUGAGCACCCUAUGAUUUUUAAGUUUUAAAAAAUAUCCCUGGAACUCUAAUUUAGAUACAUAUUUGCUAUUCAAGCAUAAUAUAUUUGUGGCCAGGAAAAAAAAAUGAUUAGUUUCAGAUUAACGAAAUGAUGACACUAAAUUUCUUAAAUAUAAGUAGGGUUUUUUUUUUUUUAAGCUUUUUAUGGUGUUAUUGCUUAUGUGAUUUUUGCAAAGUUUUUUUUUGUUGUUUUUUUGUUUUGUUUUGUUUUGUUUUUUGGGUGCUGAGGAUCGAACCCAGGGCCUUGUGCUUGCAAGGCAAGCACUCUACUGACUGAGCUAUCUCCCCAGCCCCUGCAAAGGUCUUUAUGGAGCUAAAGUUAAGUUUGGAUGAAAGUUUUAUCUGCCUAACUUUUCCAUCUUCUCAAUCUAAUUUCCUUAUAUUACUUGUUUGGUGAUGGAUAACCAAGUUUUGACUUUCUGAGAAUGAAGGGGAGUCUCCUUAUGCUUGUAAAUCAGAGACAACAUGCAAUUCCUACAACUGUAGGUUUAUCCAACUCUGCACUGAAAGGGCAGGCACUACACAUACGUAGCCAGCGACAUACAUUUUCAGCCAGUUCUACCUUUGUGGUUCAGGCUUCUCCAGCCUACACAGGGUUGGAGCCAUCAGCUGCUCAGGUUGUAGGAAAAUGGGACGGGGAAGGCAGGAUUUGCUUCCCAGCUGGGUCAUGGGCGGGGAUGGUCAGGGGAGAAGGAAACAUGGCCUCCCCAACUCCAGUUGGAAAUGAAGAUCAUUUCAUCCCACUUUCCGUCCCUGUGUACUAGUAAUAACAUAAAAUUUUCCUUUUGUCAUUUAAAACAACAGGAAGAAAAAUGGAUGCUGCAUUUUGGGUUAGGGCUAAAUGUUAGGAUGUGUGUGAAUUUAAAGUGUAGCAUAUAUUCAGGGUCAGGAAAGAGAAUGCAGGGGGGCGAGGAACAGCUCCAGCUCAAGGGAGAUAGGAGAGAGCACCAGGCCCACGCAGAUGAAGCAUCUGGUUAAUUCCAGAAUCAGCCAAGACCCCAUUAAUGUCUAGUGAUACGAUUUGGUUUUGUUCUGAAUCACAUUUUUUACUUCUGUUGCUUUUUCCAGAUAAGGCCUUAGUUAGUAGCCUCUAAAUAUGGACUAUGCAGAUAACCCUACUCUUUAUUUUUCACAUUUCCCUACUCCAUUCUUCAAAUAACAGAUGUUAAGACUUCUACCCAAAGAACUAAGACAUAAGGGUUUCAUUGAAUGUGUGUUUGUUCCUCCAGGGAAAACUAACAGAAAUAUAAAAUAGACAUAUUUUGUGUGUUUAUCCUAAAAUGUGAACUUAAUAUUCAAAUGCUAACUACAGACCCUUUCACUGGUGCGGAAGUGUAGUUAGUGUUGUGGAAUGUCUGGUUUGUUAGGAUGAAAUUGUCCCAGUGUUCCAUUCUGGAGUGUGUGGAUUCUGUGAUACAGUGUUCAGGUUUAUAGAGCUGAACAGGUGAUCAGACUCCAAUUAAAAAUAGCUUUGAAUAUGUGGAAUUAUUCUUUCUUCAUUUCCUUUACCCUUUUGUUCUUCUGUCCUUUGCUGUGAGUUCUUAAAUUAGCCAUCUCAUCAACCAGUAGCUCCACCACAGCUCCAGUGGCGUGUUGUUAGGAGUCUGGGAAGGAAAGGUCAAACUUUCCUCACAUCAUCUUUUCUCUCACUGUGGUGCUGUGUCCUAUGUCCUCGUUGACCUGUAACACCUACAAUGCAAGCAACUGUUGACAUCCCUGCAGAGGGUGCAGGCAGACUCCCUAGAAGUUUAGUGAGAAUGCCUUUCCAUAACAUCCAUUUCCCUCACUUACUACAUAAGAACCAUUUGCUUGAAACUGGCUAUUUGUGGUUUUUGUUUAAUUUCCUCAUAAUGUAGUAUUUCUACUUCUCAGUCUUUCCUCCAUGUUUCCAUUUUAUAGUCAGUUAGUACCUAAACUCUGGACACUUUUUCAAACUGUUAUCCAGACAGAUCAAGAAUGGUUUUUUAAGUUUCGGUCAUAUCAUUAAGGGUCUUUGUGUCCAGGACUUGAUGACUAGAAUUUUUAUCUCCUUUGAAUUAAAAUAAUAAAUUUCGUGGGCUGAAGUUACAGCUCAGUGGUAUAGUGCAUGCCUAGCAUGUGCAAGACUGAGUUGGAUCCCCAGCACCACAAAAAAAAAAAAAAAAAAAAAAGAUUUUGUGACUAUGUAAUGUGGUAAUAGUAUAUUUUGUGGCUUCCUGCUAGUAACUUUCACGGUUAUUGCAGACCUUUUCCAGGGGCUCUUGUUUUUCUAAUGGUCUAACUGGCUUGUCUUCAUACUUGCCGUAGAACUAAUCUACUUUGUAAAAUCUGAGUCAAGCAGGCUGUUAGUACCAAUUUUAUGUUCCUCAGAAAACUCUGUAUACAGUAUUUCCUCCUAUUUGCUAUUAGUAAUAGAAUUCUGUCUUAAAUCUGGUUUUUAGGUAUUUUAUAAUAGAGCACUAGUAGAAGCCUGAUUGACAUAUAGAUUUGGAAAUACAAUGACUUGGCAAUACUUCUAAUUACAGAGCACAUUUAGGAAUUAGCAGCAACCAAGACCAGCCGGUUGACAUGUUUUUCUGUCUGACAACCUGUCCUUAAAUCAUCAGACCUUAGCUAUCCUGUUUUCUGUGCUUACAUUCAUAAACUUUCCUCCUUUUUGGCUGAUCUCUGCAGUUUAGGAGUAGUGUGCCCUCUUUCUGAAAAAUUGGGUUUUCUUUCCCUUACCUACAAAAUUACCAAGGAUUUCCUCAAUUUUGCUUAGCACAUCAAAAGGAAAAGCAGUUAUUCUAAGUUGACAAAGAUGUUGCUGUUUUAUAUAGUUAGUUGGAAAAUUUGGCCAACCUUGGUCGGGUUUUUGUUUGUUCUGUUUUUGGUUUUGUCUUGUCUCUGCCUACAUAAUGAGUUACAUACACCUUCUGACACCUUCAGGUGAUCAGGGGGCCUUCCACCAGUAUAGGUUGGUUCUUAGUCUACAAAUAAUUGCCUCUGAUCCAUGGCUAGCCUCCAGAGAAAAGAUCCAAGCUUUGAACUGUCCUUUUGCCAACUGCCAUGGAAAAAUUAUAAAGUAUCAGAAAUAGAAAAUUGUUCUUUGAAGAAAGUAUGUAAAUCUGAGGCUCUCCCAUGUCACUUGCUAAACACUGUCAAACUUUAAAGAAGAGGAAAAUAAAUCUCUGGCUGGUUGCAAAUUUUAUGCCCCAAAUAAUAUAUUAAAGUUUACCAAGGUAACUAAGUGAUGAGUGUUUUCUCUCUUUAAUUAUGAGCAAGAAGAUCUAUUUGAGGUUGUAAAAAUUAGUAUGGAACUGCAGACCUAUUUGCUAUGAUUGAUUAGAAAUCAUGAGUCUGAUUUUUUAGUCUGAGCAAGCACAUAUUUCCAAUUCUUACAGUAUGAAUUUUGAUAAGGGAAAGACUUUUGUUUGUAGCAGAAGGAAAAAAUAGAACUUAUUUAUACAGUAAAUGUCCACUCAACAGAGGGGCUUUCCUUCAGUUAAAUGGUCCUUCUUUAGCCACCUUCACACUUAACAGAUGCCACGGUGUUUCAGAAGCAGUCGCAAGAGCCGGUCCUAUAGGGGAAGGGCGCGGCCUUCCGUGUCGCACCUGCUGGUGGGAGGCGCGUUUUUGCUCACUUGAAGGGAUAUGCUGUAUUUCAAAUAAGUGUGUGACUUAAUAUCUUGGGAUUUUUUUUCCUCCUUUAAAAACUGGACCUGAACACAAGCUUUGAGUUGAUAUUUGUAAUAAUCUCAGGACCUGAAAGAUUGUAGCAUUUAGUGUGUCUUAAAAAUUAUGUACUGUACCAGCCAUGGAUUUUUGUAAAUAUACCUGUCUCCCUUUUUUGUAUUAUUUUAGUAAAAAAAUAAUAAAUUUAAAUAAAAGGGGGUGGUGAUGAUACGUGAAUGGGUGUGGGUAUGUGUGUGUGUGUGUUUGUAUAAGGCUCUUUUGAGACGAACUGGUGCUUGUUAAUUUCUGGCUCAGCUCGGAGCAGGAAUAUGGACAAACUGCUGCUACUGACCCUGCACUGAGCCGAGGUAUUUCCAUUCUGUCUUUGCCGGUGGUUGAUUAAAUGCUAGCUACCAGGAAAUGACUUAGUGAUAAAUUAUUGUUCCCACUGCCAUCUCGCCUUUGCACUCUCAGUUCCCCAUGCCCUUUGGACGCUAAUGGUGAAGCGUUCCAGAGUCUGCUGCUCUCCGGUUUUUAGGGAGCUCUUGUCACUCUUUCCUAAGAAAAAAGAAGGGCAGGUAAAUUUCUUUAACCAAAAUAAUUCGCACAUUUCAUAAAACCCAGGUGAAUUUUGGAUCUGUGAAAGAGCAAAAACAUUCCUAAAUACGGAUCUGUGAAUUUAGUAAAUUAACCCAUGGAUAUACUCCUUCAGUGCAGGGAUUUUUGUUUAUUUUUAUUUUAUUUUAUUUUAUUUUAUUUUUUUGCAACAGCCUUGCUCAUAUUCCAGGUAUAGCUAGCAAACCCCUGUUUUGAAGCAAGAGCCUUAUUUGAUUCAGUGUAGACGUUGCCUGUCUAUCCUUUGUGACAGGGCCUUUUACAUGAGUGUGGGUUUUUUUCUUUUUGUAUGUGUUACGUGUUUGUUGUAUUAAAUAAAAAGGAAUGUACAUAUUA